ACCACAGAGACCACUGUUCAACCAAGCAAGGAGGUGGACGCCGCUGAUGACUUUACAUUCAGUACAUUGUCAGACUUGGACAUGGCCGAUUUGGGUGUUGCUCCAUUGUCUGCCUCAGCACUUCCAACCUCACCUGCACCUCAAACAUAUUCCAUCAUAUUCGACAACCUGGACUUUUACGUUCAGACGCAUCAUCAGUCCACCAGCCAGACCAACAAGUCAAUUCACUGGAUCCACCACAUGUGUGUCAUCAACAGAAUCAACUCACUACACCUUGACAAGUUGAAACCGACAAAUUCUUUGAUUGACGAUGAUCUCGGGAAUUCACUUCCUGGACCAGACACACAAACCAGUAUGCGUCGGGAAUUCGUUGUUUUGGGGAGCCGAAUCCUGACAGCUUAUUUGGAAUCAUUCAAGACCCUCUCCAGUGUGGUUGUUCAACAUAUCCCCCACCAGUUCUCUGAAGAAAUGGCCCAGCCAUCCACUCAUUAUCCACUUGGACUUCUAUUCAAGGACGAAACACAAACUGCCGACCUGGUGGAUGUGCUCCAGCACCUUCAAAAGGAGUAUGUGCCAAGAUGUCCUGAUGGGCUUGAAAAGAUUUUGAUCGGGGGUGACAGACUGACAGAGGCCAAUUCCCGGAAUAUCCAGUUGGCGUUUGCUGAUGGGGAGACGGAGGAGGACCGCCUGGAAGGCCUCUGUGUCAAAUAUGAAGACUGGCACGCAAUUCGAAAUCUCUUUGAGGUCGGUAUUGUAAUCAUUAACUACAUGCACCCUGAUACACAAUUUAUAUUUACAAAAAGCACAUAAUGUUGAUUUUUUUAUGAUUACAAUACACUGCCUUCCAAGGCAUAGAGAAGUAAUGAUG